GAAAAUGUCAAGUACUUACACGGUUACACCGGCUCAGGUGGAUCAACUGGAUCAUCCGACAAAGCAGUUCUGACUUCUGAUACUAUGGCUGAUGCCGAUGCUGGUGUGGCUCCAAAUCAAACCCUGGUAUUAAAUUAUUAUCGAAAUUUAUGGUGGAAAAGCGGUGAAUUUAGUUCGAAAGCAAAGUGGGAGGAAGUAACACUUCCUUACGUACUUGUCGAUAAUGUCUCUUUACGCGAAUAUGAACUUCGCACCGACAAAUUCAACAUACGUGGUGUGUGGGAAUGGAAAAAUAAUAAAGUAAUGAUUUACGAACUUCCGUCCAAACCACACGAAACUUGUAUCUACGCGAUUAAUAAGGUCAUUAGUCGAGCCUGUACUGCUGUUGAUUAUACUAAUUCCAGAAUAUUGAAUCUAGGAGCAACUCGAACUCACGCCGAUGAUUCCGGAAAAGAGGCCGAUUCUUGUUUUCGCCCGAUGAAAGCACGUGUUCCAGCACCAACUGGAAGUGACGGAGAGAGCGAACCCUGGCCAAACGUCGUAGUAGAAGUUGCGUACACUGAAAGUACAGAUCACGUUCUCGAAAAAGUAAAGGAGUACUGGUUACCGGAUUUAAGUCGUGUUCACGACGUAAUAGUAGUUAAAAUCGAUCCGGUUCCUGAUGGAGAAAUACCUUUGCGCAUGCAAGCGUGGCAUUUUUGUGUAAAUGACAGAAGAACGAGGAGUGCACCACCUGAGGCUCGAACUCAUUUUGAAUUUGGCACCUACGACGGGAACAACCCGCCCAAUCAGUUGAACAUUGUACCGGGAAUGUGCCUAAUCAACAUCGAUUUAAAUUGCCUUUAUCAUGAAGCAUACCCGGGUACCCAGAUUCCCACUCCUCCCACUCUCCCCGAUCCCAUUGUACUGGAUUUCUACCAGGUUCUGGAUGAAUUUUUAUGUGCAUAUAGAGUAUAAUCGAAGCUGAAAGCAACCAGGUUAUGAAUUGAUGAAUUAAUUGGACUAAUCAUUCUUAGUCAUCAAAUGCAGUAGUUAAUAUCUUAUAAUGUAAAAAUAUAUAUUUUUAUUGUUAGAAAUCAGUUAAUGUAAUACAAAUGCAAAUAUAAUAAAAACAUUGGUCAAGCUCGACUGAGAC